CUGGCAUCGCCUUCUGAUCGUUGCACAGAAAGGACUCCAAAGGCUGGGCACACACACUGCGCGCUGCGCCCGUCGUCCCCUCCAUUUCGUUUUUCUUUUUUUUUAAUUGAAUUUAUUUUUUUUGUGCGUGUGUGCGGGAGCCUGGCUGUAUCGUACGUUUCGUGCGGAGCGGAGUGUCGGAAACUGCAGGAAAAUGUUGACUUAGCCCCAGAAAAGCCUCCCGGCUGGCUGCUUGGAGGAGAAGCCGCCUUCUGCUCUGCGCUGCCCCAGCCCGCCGAGCCGCAGAGCCAGCUGCCUCCCGCUCCCCGCCCGAGCCCGGCGCUCGCCCGCCCGCUCCCCGCUCCGCCGCCGGAGCCGCGGGACUGACUGCGCCGCGCUCUCCCGCAGCCCUGCGCUCGGCGGGGUGACCCGGCUCGCGGGUCCCGCCGGGGCGAGCGAUCCCGGCCCGCCUUCGACUCCCAGACAGAGGUAUGAAGAUGAAUAAUGCAGACCACUGGUUUUGAUGAUGCUGGGCUUUUAUAACUGGUUUCAUUAAGGAAUACAAAGAAAAUUCUUAGAGGGAUCAAUAAUGGUGUCUUCUGGCUGCAGAAUGCAAAGUUUUUGGUUUCUGCUCAUUAUCAGCUUCCUGCAGUGUACUGAAGGUUUCAGCCGAGCAGCACUACCAUUUGGUUUGGUUAGGAGGGAGCUUUCCUGUGAAGGCUACUCCAUUGACCUCCGGUGUCCAGGAAGCGAUGUUAUUAUGAUAGAAAGUGCUAACUAUGGACGGACAGAUGACAAGAUUUGUGAUGCUGACCCUUUCCAGAUGGAGAACACAGAAUGCUUCCUUCCAGACGCCUACAAAAUUAUGACACAAAGGUGCAACAACCGAACACAGUGUAUAGUAGUUACUGGGUCAGAUGUGUUUCCUGAUCCUUGUCCUGGAACAUACAAAUAUCUGGAAGUUCAGUAUGAAUGUGUUCCUUACAAAGUGGAGCAAAAAGUUUUUGUUUGCCCGGGGACGUUGAAAGCAAUUGUGGACUCACCGUAUUUAUAUGAAGCUGAACAAAAAGCAGGUGCUUGGUGCAAAGAUCCUCUCCAGGCUGCAGAUAAAAUAUACUUCAUGCCAUGGACUCCGUAUCGCACCGAUACUUUGAUAGAAUAUGCUUCUUUAGAGGACUUCCAAAACGGACGCCAGCAGACAACGUAUAAACUCCCAAAUCGAGUGGAUGGUACUGGAUUUGUAGUGUAUGAUGGCGCUGUCUUUUUUAACAAGGAAAGAACUAGGAACAUAGUAAAAUUCGACUUGAGGACUAGAAUUAAGAGUGGAGAGGCCAUAAUCAAUUAUGCUAAUUACCAUGACACCUCUCCAUAUCGAUGGGGAGGAAAGACUGAUAUUGACUUGGCAGUUGAUGAAAAUGGCUUAUGGGUAAUUUAUGCUACGGAGCAAAACAAUGGGAUGAUAGUAAUUAGCCAGCUGAACCCCUACACCCUGCGUUUCGAAGCCACCUGGGAAACGACAUACGACAAACGGGCAGCAUCCAAUGCUUUCAUGAUAUGUGGUGUCCUGUAUGUAGUGCGGUCGGUGUAUCAAGACAAUGAGAGCGAGACCGGCAAGAACGCCAUUGAUUACAUCUACAACACCAGGUUAAGCAGAGGCGAGCACGUGGACAUUCCUUUCCCCAACCAGUACCAGUACAUCGCCGCAGUGGAUUACAACCCCAGAGACAACCAGCUGUAUGUGUGGAAUAACAACUUCAUUCUGCGAUACUCUUUGGAGUUUGGCCCACCUGAUCCUGCCCAAGUGCCUACCACAGCAGUGACAAUAACUUCUUCAGCAGAGCUAUACAAAACCACAGUGUCAACCACUAGCACUACAUCACAGAAAGGUCCCAUAAGCACGACAUUAGCUGGAGGAACAAAGGAAGGAAGCAGAGGACCCAAGCCACCGCCACCCAUUUCCACAACCAAAAUUCCUCCUGUGACAAGUUUUUUCCCUUUGCCAGAGAGAUUCUGUGAACCGACUGAGGCCAGGGGGAUUAGCUGGCCUCAGACACAAAGAGGAAUGAUGGUUGAACGCCCUUGCCCCAAAGGAACACGAGGAACUGCCUCAUAUCUCUGCGUGGUCUUAACGGGAACGUGGAACCCCAAAGGCCCUGAUCUUAGCAACUGUACCUCACACUGGGUAAAUCAGCUGGCUCAGAAGAUCAGAAGUGGAGAAAAUGCUGCUAGUCUAGCCAAUGAACUGGCUAAACACACCAAAGGACCGGUCUUCGCUGGCGAUGUUAGUUCAUCAGUGAGGCUGAUGGAGCAGCUCGUGGACAUUUUGGAUGCUCAGCUGCAGGAACUGCGGCCCAGUGAAAAAGACUCUGCUGGAAGGAGUUAUAACAAGCUCCAAAAACGAGAGAAGACAUGCAGGGCUUACCUUAAGGCAAUUGUGGAUACAGUGGACAACCUGCUCAGGCCUGAAGCUCUGGAGUCCUGGAAGGACAUGAAUUCUUCAGAACAAGCCCAUGCAGCCACAAUGCUACUUGAUACGUUAGAAGAAGGGGCUUUUGUCUUGGCUGAUAAUCUCUUAGAACCAACUAGAGUCUCAAUGCCCACAGAAAAUAUCGUUUUGGAUGUUGCAGUGCUCAUUACUGAGGGCCAGGUGCAGGACUUGAAAUUUCCUCAGGGCAGUAAAGGAGGCAACUCAAUUCAGCUCUCUGCAAGCACCGUGAAACAGAACAGCAGGAACGGAUUAGCAAAACUGGUUUUCAUCAUUUACAAAAGUUUGGGGCGUUUUCUCAGUACUGAAAAUGCAACCAUAAAGCUAGGAAGCGACUUUGCUGGGCGGAAUAGCACGAUUGCAGUCAACUCCCACGUCAUUGCAGCCUCAAUCAACAAGGAGUCUAGCCGGGUGUACCUGACCGAUCCUGUGCAUUUUACGCUGGAACACAUUGAUCAACCUGACAAUUAUUUCAAUGCAAAUUGUUCCUUCUGGAACUACUCAGAGAGGACUAUGAUGGGAUACUGGUCAACUCAAGGCUGCAAACUGGUUGACACAAAUAAAACUCAUACAACGUGUGCUUGCAGUCACCUAACCAACUUUGCAAUUCUUAUGGCUCAUCGGGAAAUUGUGUACAAAGAUGGAGUGCACGAAUUGCUCCUCACUGUCAUCACCUGGGUGGGAAUUGUCAUCUCUCUUGUUUGCCUGGCCAUCUGCAUCUUCACAUUCUGUUUUUUCCGUGGCCUGCAAAGUGAUCGUAACACUAUUCACAAGAACCUUUGUAUCAACCUAUUCAUUGCUGAGUUCAUUUUCCUAAUAGGCAUCGAUAAGACAGAGUACAAGAUUGCAUGUCCAAUAUUCGCAGGUCUCUUACACUUUUUCUUCCUGGCAGCCUUUGCCUGGAUGUGUCUAGAAGGAGUGCAGCUUUAUCUGAUGUUAGUAGAAGUAUUUGAAAGUGAAUAUUCUAGGAAGAAGUACUAUUACGUUGCUGGCUACCUCUUCCCUGCUACAGUAGUUGGUGUCUCAGCAGCUAUUGACUAUAAGAGCUACGGAACAGAGAAAGCUUGCUGGCUCCAUGUAGAUAACUAUUUUAUCUGGAGUUUCAUUGGACCUGUUACCUUUAUUAUUCUGCUGAAUCUUAUCUUCCUGGUGAUCACAUUGUGCAAAAUGGUGAAGCACUCAAACACUUUGAAACCAGACUCUAGCAGGUUGGAAAACAUUAACUAUGAAGAUAAUAAGCCAUUUAUCAAAUCCUGGGUCCUGGGUGCAUUUGCUCUCCUGUGUCUCCUUGGCCUAACAUGGUCAUUUGGCCUGCUGUUUAUCAAUGAGGGGACUGUUGUGAUGACGUAUCUCUUCACAGUAUUUAAUGCUUUCCAAGGAAUGUUUAUUUUCAUCUUUCAUUGUGCCCUUCAAAAGAAAGUACGUAAGGAAUAUGGCAAAUGCUUCCGACAUUCCUACUGCUGUGGUGGACUACCAACUGAGAGUCCCCACAGUUCAGUGAAGGCAUCAACAACACGAACUAGUGCUCGCUAUUCCUCUGGCACUCAGAGUCGUAUAAGGAGGAUGUGGAAUGACACUGUGAGAAAACAAUCUGAAUCGUCUUUUAUCUCAGGUGACAUCAACAGCACUUCAACACUUAAUCAAGGAAUGACUGGCAAUUACCUACUAACAAACCCUCUUCUUCGACCACACGGCACUAACAACCCCUAUAACACAUUGCUCGCUGAAACAGUUGUAUGUAAUGCCCCUUCAGCUCCUGUGUUUAACUCACCAGGACAUUCACUGAACAAUGCCAGGGAUACAAGUGCCAUGGAUACUCUACCGCUAAAUGGUAAUUUCAACAACAGCUACUCAUUGCGCAAUGGAGACUAUAACGACAGCGUGCAAGUUGUAGACUGUGGACUAAGCCUGAAUGAUACUGCUUUUGAGAAAAUGAUCAUUUCAGAAUUAGUGCACAACAACCUGCGGGGCAGCAGCAAGAACCACAACCUGGAGCGCACGCUACCAGCCAAAGCUGUGAUCGGCGGGAGCAGUAGCGAAGAUGACGCCAUCGUGGCAGAUGCCUCAUCUUUGAUGCACAGUGACACCCCUGGGCUGGAGCUCCACCACAAAGAGCUUGAGGCCCCACUCAUUCCUCAGCGGACUCACUCCCUUCUGUACCAGCCCCAGAAGAAAGUGAAGACCGAGGGAACCGACAGCUACGUCUCACAGCUGACAGCCGAGGCUGACGACCACCUCCAGUCCCCCAACAGAGACUCUCUUUACACGAGCAUGCCCAAUCUCAGAGACUCUCCGUAUCCGGAGAGCAGCCCCGACGUUGAAGAAGAUCUCUCUCCCUCCAGGAGGAGUGAAAAUGAGGACAUUUACUACAAGAGCAUGCCAAACCUAGGAGCUGGCCAUCAGCUUCAGAUGUACUAUCAAAUCAGCAGGGGUAAUAGCGACGGCUAUAUAAUUCCCAUUAACAAGGAAGGAUGUAUUCCAGAAGGGGAUGUUAGAGAAGGACAAAUGCAACUAGUGACAAGCCUUUAAUAGUGUAGCAAAGAAAUAUUAAAGGCCACGUACAAGUAUUAAAAAGACUUAAUUGGCCCCAUGCAGGCUCCCUCAUAUCUGCUUGAAGAGACAAUUCUGUUGACCCUGUGGUUCUCCAGUAACGGGGAUGACUGGACCUCGCAGUUCUGUGAAUUUUUAUAAAACAAAAACUUUGUAUAUACACAGAGUAUACUAAAAUGAAUUAUUUGUUACAAAGAAAAGAAAUACCAACAAGGUAUUUUAAGAUAUCUUCUGCUGCUGAAUUUAACAAAAUUGUGAAAAAAAGAGAAAUAAACACUUUCCAGCCAUUUUACUGCAGCAGUUUGUGAACUAAAUUUGUAAAUACGGCUGCACCAUUUUUUUUUCUAGGCCUACAUUGUAUUAUAUACAAGGCGUAGGCUCUAAAAUCCUGUGGGACAAAUUUACUGUACCUUACUGUUCCUGACAAGACUUGCAAAAGCAGGAGAGAUAUUCUGCAUCAGUUUGCAGUUCACUGCAAAUCUUUUCCAUUAGGGCAAAGAUUGAAUACAUGUCUAACCACUAGCAAUCAAGCCACAGGCCUUAUUUCAUAUAUUUCCUCAACUGUACAAUGAACCGUUCUCAUGAAAAAAUGGCUAAAGAAAUUAUAUUUUGUUCUAUUGCUAGGGUAAAAUAAAUACAUUUGUGUCCAACUGAAAUAUAAUUGUCAUUAAAAAAUAAUUUUAAAGAGUUUGAAGAAAAUAUUGUGAAAAGCUCUUGGUUGCACAUACAUUAUAAGCUGUUUUUCUUACACUCUGUUCAUAGUACGGUAGUAUGUUUAAAAUGCAAGUUCUACCUGUUUUCACUUAUUUUUCACUGUAAACAGUGUUCUGCUUUGACAAGUUAGUUUUUAUUCUUACGUUUUGAAUUUUUAUUGCCAAAAAACAUAAUUUGGGGAGAAAAUUGUUUUAGAAGCCAAUUAUGCCAAGCCUUGCACAAAUUUGGUAUAGCUAACAAAGAUUGUAACUCAAUUCCCCGUUCAUUCUUUAAUCAGGGUUGGGUGGUAAGGGGUAAAGGGGACACUGGACACUUCUCACAAGCUUUCUCGUGAAUAAAAGGUGCCUGUCCUUUAAAAAAAUAAAUAAAACAUAACUAUUACUCCUCCAUAUUCCUUCUGCCUAUAUUUAGUAAUUAAUUUAUUUUAUGAUAAAAAUCUAAUGAAAUGUAAAUUGUUUCAUCAAAAUUCUGCUUUUUUCAUCCCUUUGUGUAAACCUGUUAAUAAUGAGCCCAUCACUAAUAUCCAGUGUAAAGUUUAACACCUGUUUGACAGUAAAUAAAUGUGAAUUUUUUU